GUCUCAAGCUGCGCCUCUGCUGUGCCCCGGCCGUUGAGCGCGGACCACCCCGGGCGGCUCGGAUUGGCCGGCUGCGGCGGGGCCAGGCCCGAGGGCGCCAGAGAAGCCGGCCGGGGGGUGUGGGGUGCCGUGGCGCUCGCUCCGACCGAAGGCCGAGGCUGCUGGCGGCCGCGGGAACGGGCGCAGAUACUAGAGCAUCACAGAGACGGCGCAAAUAGUUCUGAGAAACCUGCAGCUGCUCCCGAGGUCACAGAGCGACCGAGCGAGUGCCUCUCCUGAAACGAGGGAAGUUUGGUCGGUUCUGAAGAACAAAACUUAAAGUCAAGAACUGUUACAGGCCAUUCUAGAUCUUCACAGUGAAAUCUCCCGGAAAGACUUGGAAGAAGAACACCCUCGGGAAACUCCUUCGAUGUCUCUGCAAGCUGAAAAACUGGCGCCCUGCCAGAAAGAUUGCAAGAGGAACCUGGAUAUGGAGAGAGAAAGUGCUCAUCCGGUGGGACAGGAGCAAGUCGAACUGCAUGGGAAUUCGGUGGAAGGGCCAACUAAGGGCUUCCAAGACAUCUGGCUGCAGAGUCCAAGCAAGGCUGCCCUCCCAGAGCAGUUGCUGGGUUUCCAGGUGGCUGUGCAACACAAGAGGGAUGGCCAAAGCUGGACGCAAGGACAGCAUCAGGUCCUGGAGAUGCUGCUCCAGGAGUAUCAGGCUCUCAAGACACAGCUCCGACAGUCUAAGGCAUUGACCCAGGAACAAGAAAGGGAGCGCUCUCUUCAAAUUAAGUGGCACCAGCACUUGUGGGAACAGUUGAGUCAAGCAGAGACUUCUGUCCAUAUUCUGGAAAGCAGCUUGGAUCUCUAUAAGAAGAAAUACCGAGCUGCUCUGGGCCGAGUUGGUGAACUAGAGACUCAGAUGCAUCAGCUGCAAGAAAAGGUGAUCAAUCUUUGGAGCAGCGGCCAAGCAGAGGACAGCCUUGGGCAUCUCAGUGCUCAGGAGAAGGGCUGGGCUAUGCAGUUCACAGGCCAGCAAGACCUGACCAUCCAGGAGUUACAGGAACAAUUGGCAGCCAGCCACAGCAAGCUGCUGCAGCAGAAGGAAGCCGUGGCCAGCCUGCGCCGAGAGUUUGCAUCAUACAAGUUGACUCACAGCUACUCAAACGCAAAGCAUCGAAAACAGAUGGUCAGACAGGCGAUACUCCGUCAGAAGCUACAGCAGGCGGAAGAGGAGGGUUUGCAGCAGCAGGCGGAGGUGUAUCAGGCCCUGGUGCAAGAACUGAAGCUGCAGCUGGCAAGAGAGGCUGAGCAGAACAGCAGCACUUUGAAAGAUCUGGCUCGCCUGGAACUGGCUGUGCAGAGGCUGUGCCAGGAGGCAGCACCAGAGCACCAUGCCUGUCCAGUGCAGGCCCUGCUGGAACAAAGCCACCAGCUUUAUGCACAGAAGGAAUGGAAACCAGACAGGCUCCUUCAAAGGGCAUGGGCUAAUUGCAGCAUCCUCUGGGACCCGGCCCAUCCCUUAAAGGCUGCCUCACGGGAGGCCAAGCGAGGCGGAGCAGUCUCUUGGCCUGGUGGAGCCCCAAUGCUGCAGCCGAGGAGGCCUAAAAGCCCGGAACAGCCCGGGAAGGCUGCAUUGGAGAUGGUCCAGGACCAGCCGGUGGAGAGGCACCUCGAGCUCCAGCGUCUUGGGAAAAUUGGCUGCCCACUGGACGUUCUCCUUGGAAGAGGCUGCCUAGCUGGAGCAGAGCUGGAGCAGAAUAGCUUCUUGGGAGGAGAGGGUCUUGCUGCUGCCACCUCUGCCAGAGAACUGCUAAAGGAGCUGAUGGAGAAGCUGAGCAGGUCCAAGUGGCAACCUUUGCAGGCAGCAUCCUUGCCAGAGCUGAAAAUGCUGUGGCAGCAGUUACAGGAGACAGAGAGGAGAGUGCAGGCCCUGCAGGCCAGUGUGAUGGAGCAGAAGGCAGAAAGCCAUUCUCUGCAAGAGCAGCUGACCAAGCAGACAGCUAUGUUAGGGCUGGUGAAUGGACGCUUCAGGCAGGCCCAGCUGCAGCUGCAGCACCAGGCAACCACGCAGAUAGAAUCUUUACAAAUCUCCCUGGAGGCAUCCCGCGCUGGCCACCACUGGCUGCACCAGGAGAGCGAACUAGUGGUGGCCAAUGUUCGCCAGUGGGUAAAGGAGCAAAAGCAGAUGAAUGAGGAGCUGGACCACAAGCUCCGAACACAGAUCAAGCAAAUUGCCCAGCUUACUGGCGAGAGAGACCUUCUGCAUCAAUUAUCGGAGAGGCUGCAAGAGGACAACCAACAGUUGAAGAAUGAAGUCAACAAGAAGCACAUUGUAUGUGAGCGCAUCAAGGGGCAGCCUACAUCCAAAAAGGGGUUGCAAGGUAACCGGUGGGAGAGAAUUGAAUCUUCAGCUCCUGUUUGCAUGUAGAAGAGGCAAGCGGACCAGGAGAAAUA